AGAAGAGAGAGGAAACGGCGGCGGUCCGUCCGUCUCACCUGACUUGCGCGCGUCGCCGAGUGCGAAAAAUCCACAUUUGAACUGCCACAAACUACCUCCCCUCAUCCGCCUCCAGUUCAGCCUGACUCCCACAGCCAGCUGAACCUGCAAGACCGUGUUGCACAGCGGACCGGGCUGAAUUCUCCCUAUCUACUGGGCGAUAACUUUCAAUUUCAGGUUUCCCGGAGGAUCUGCGACCUGUCAUCACCUCUCCCAGCUACUGUGUGUAUCUGAGCGCAGCGCCACUUCUGUCACUUUGUGCUUCCAGAGCCCCCCUCGAGCAGCCACGAAAACGCCCAGGGACCACGGGCUGCAAGAUUAGAGUGGACGAUGGGUUCGUCAGUGGCACUGCUCAUUGUUCUGGGCUUCGUCACUGGUGUUUUGAGUCUGAACCCGGACGACCCCAACGUUUGCAGCCACUGGGAGAGCUAUGCCGUGACUGUCCAGGAGUCUUAUGCUCACCCGUUCGACCAGAUCUAUUACACCAGAUGCACGGACAUCCUCAACUGGUUCAAAUGCACAAGGCACAGGAUCAGCUAUAAGACGGCUUACCGGCGGGGAGUGAGGACCAUGUAUAGGCGCCGCUCGCAGUGUUGCCCUGGUUACUUUGAGAGCGGAGACUUGUGUGUUCCACUGUGUACAGAGGAAUGUGUCCACGGUCGCUGCGUGUCCCCUGAUACAUGCCAGUGCGAGCCCGGAUGGGGUGGACUGGACUGCUCCAGUGCACACACAGCCAAUGGAACAGGCUGUGAGAGUGACUUCUGGGGACCUCACUGCAGUAAUCGGUGCCAGUGCCAGAAUGGGGCAAAGUGUAACCCCAUCACAGGCGCCUGUGUCUGCACUGAUGGGUACCAGGGAUGGCGCUGUGAGGAGCCCUGUGAGCACGGUUAUUAUGGCAAGGCGUGCCAGUUACCCUGCCAGUGUCUCAAUGGUGCCACCUGCAACCACGAGACAGGAGAGUGCAUCUGCGCACCGGGGUACACAGGGGCUUUCUGCGGAGAGCGCUGCCCCUCCGGUAGCCACGGGCCUCAGUGUGAGCAACGCUGCCCCUGUCAGAACGGAGGGACGUGCCACCACAUCACUGGAGAUUGUUCCUGCCCUGCCGGGUGGACGGGUUCAGUUUGUGCCCAGCCCUGUCCUCUUGGCAAGUACGGCAUCAACUGCAGCAAAGACUGCUCCUGUCGUAACGGCGGACUCUGCGACCACAUCACGGGACAGUGCCAGUGCGCAGCUGGCUUCAGUGGACGCAGAUGUCAGGAGGACUGUCCUGUGGGCACCUAUGGUCCGCAGUGUAACCAGAGGUGCGAGUGUCAGAAUGGCGCCAAGUGUCACCAUAUCAAUGGAGCCUGCCUAUGUGAAACAGGGUUUAAAGGCCCUAAUUGCCAAGAGAGAUUCUGUCCCCCAGGCCUGUACGGCCUCAUCUGUGACAAGUACUGCCCCUGUAAUACCACCAACACCGUGAGCUGCCAUCCUCUUUCUGGUGAAUGCACCUGCUCUGCGGGAUGGACAGGGCUUUACUGUAAUGAGACCUGCCCGCCUGGUUUCUACGGAGAGGGGUGCAUGCUGUCCUGCAGCUGUGCCAAUGGAGCUGACUGUCAUCCUGUCACAGGAGCCUGCGUAUGUGCCCCUGGGUUCAUGGGCGAGGACUGCACUACGGUGUGUCCUCCCGGGCUGUUCGGACCGAGCUGCAUGUCCACCUGCUCCUGCCAUAAUCACGCGUCCUGCUCUCCCGUCGACGGCUCCUGCAUCUGCAGGGAAGGCUGGCAGGGUGUGGACUGCUCCAUCCUAUGUUCCAGUGGUUCCUGGGGUCUCGGCUGUAAUCUGACGUGCUUAUGUAGCAACGGAGCUGCGUGUGACCCCGUAGACGGCACCUGUACCUGUUCUCCGGGCUGGAGGGGGGAGCACUGUCACGAGUCCUGCCCUGAUGGCACGUAUGGGCUGGAGUGUCGUGAGCGCUGUGACUGCAGCCACGCCGAUGGCUGUGACCCAGUGAGUGGCUACUGUCGCUGCUAUCCCGGCUGGACAGGAAUCCACUGUGAUAAUGUGUGCCCACAAGGCUUCUGGGGACCCAACUGUUCGUUCAGCUGUUCCUGUCAGAACGGAGGAUCCUGCGCUCCCGAGGACGGCACAUGUGUGUGUGCACCUGGAUACAGAGGGACCUCCUGCAAAAGAAUUUGCUCCCCGGGGUUCUACGGGCACCGCUGCAGCCAGUCGUGUCCACAGUGUGUGCACAGCACUGGGCCGUGCCAUCAUGUCACGGGCCACUGUGAGUGCCUGUCCGGCUUCUCGGGUUCUCUUUGCAACCAAGUCUGUCCGAGUGGCAGGUACGGGAGGGCUUGUGCCGAGAUCUGCCUCUGCACCAACAAUGGCACCUGCAACCCCAUUGACGGCUCCUGCCAGUGCUUCCCUGGCUGGAUCGGCGAGGAUUGCUCUCAGGCCUGUCUCUCUGGGCACUGGGGCCCUGAUUGUCUCAACUCGUGUAACUGUCACAACGGAGCCCAGUGCAGUGCCUAUGAUGGGGAGUGCAGGUGCAGCCCCGGCUGGACUGGUCUCUACUGCACACAGCGCUGUCCUUCAGGGUUCUACGGCAGGGACUGCUCUGAAGUCUGUCGCUGCCAAAACGGCGCAGACUGUGACCACAUCUCUGGCCAGUGCGCCUGCCGAACCGGCUUCAUUGGGACAAGCUGCGAGCAGAAGUGUCCUGCUGGCACAUUUGGAUAUGGUUGCCAGCAGCUGUGCGAGUGCCUGAACAAUGCUACGUGCGACUAUGUGACUGGAACGUGCUACUGCAGCCCCGGAUACAAAGGCAUCCGGUGUGACCAAGCAGCUCUGAUGAUGGAGGAGCUGAACCCGUACACAAAGAUCAGUCCGGCGCGAGGCUCCGAGCGGCAGUCCGCGGGGGCCGUCAUGGGCAUCAUCUUCCUCCUCCUCAUCAUCAUGGCCAUGCUUAGCCUGUUCGUGUGGUACAGGCAGAGGCAGAGGGACAAGGGUCAUGAGAUCCAGCCCAGUGUGUCCUACACACAGGCAAUGCACAUCACCAACACUGACUAUUCUCUGUCUGAGUGUGGCAGUACUGUGGCGAUGAGGACCAGCGCUCCCGAGAUCAAUCAGAGCCAGAACAGCAGCAGCAGCGGACAGUGCUUCUCCAACCCCAGCUACCACACCGUGGCUCAGUGUAACGUCGUCUCAACCAUUUCCAGCAACCUCGACGGCACCCUGACCCUCAAAUCAAGCACCCUGAAAAGCAGAAAUGGCUCAGAGUGGAGGGCCUACUGCAACCUCAACGACCUAGAUGUUCAACAGGGUGAGUCACAGAUACAAAGAGGCACCAGAAAAGAUUACAUCAAGGGCUCCAUGUGCAGCAACAGCUCCUGCUCCCUGAAUAGUGAGAAUCCAUACGCCACCAUUAGAGACCCGCCAGGGCUGGCUUGCAAGCACACAGAGAGCAGCUAUGUGGAGAUGAAAUCCCCCUCCCACCGCGAAGUACCCUUUGGAGGCACUGCCACCCUCCUGGGCAGUGUGACCAGGAAUGUCUAUGAUGUUGAGCCGACGGUGAGCGUCCUGCAGGGGCCGAACGGAAUGGCCACCGGCUUCUCUCAGAGCCCCUACGACCUUCCUCGCGGCAGCCACAUCCCCAACCACUAUGACAUACUGCCCAUGCGCCACAGCCCCACACACACGCCCCCGCCUCCCCCAGAAAGCCCCAGCUCCCUGCUCUAGAGGGCGACCCCUGCACCCGGUCCUGACGGCGAGCCGGCGUCGGGGGAAACGCUCAGCCAACUUUCAACCAACGGCCCUCCCUUUGUCUCCGCGUGCGUCCGAUUAGAUACUGAGAUGUCGAGAUGGAGGGACAGUCACAGCUCCUCUGGACCCUGCUCUCUUUGGUUCCCUCACUCGCAUUCUUUCUGCAAGCCCUGACGGAGGGAGGGGAGGAAGAAAGAGUGACCCACACACCAGCGACCACUCAACCAUUUUAAUUUCUUAUAUAACUGAUCGCUCAAACUGCUGCCUGGCCUCUUUAUGGACCUCCUGAAGUGGAACAUUACGGUUUCAAACAGCAGUAAGGGCAGUAUUCAUGGACUGAGUGGACAGUUUAUUUACAGGGAGAGAGCUGUCCUCCACGCUCAUUUUCAGCCCAUGAUUUGCCCACGAGGUUUCCUAUUCAAGAGCAGCCAAGUGUUUAUAAUGUCCCCUAAACUGAAGCGAUUUUCCCCCACGGUGAGGAAGGUGUCAAAGAAGGCAGCUGCAGAUUACAGUGCAGCUGACACGAAGUGCUCAUCUAUCCGGAAGUGAAGACGUGUUCAGGCAAAACAAGAAAAUGAAAGCAUGGAUAAAUAGUAAAACAUUGUGAUGGUUCUUUAUUCACUGUUAUCCAGAAAUUAUCGCCAGUUAAUGUGAUCCCUGUCUGUACCUAAAGAGCUUCUUUAAGUUUUAGUGUUGAUGAGGCCCUGUGUAUCUGGACAAUGAAUUCAGGUGACCCAUGUCUGAUCAGGUGACCAGAGAUACACAAAUAUAUCUAAAGUUUGAAUCUUAUCCCCCCCCACCCCCCCCCCCCCCUCCCCCCAUGCUAAUGCAGUGAUCUGAUCUUGUGUUGUUUUUUAAGUGAAAGUUUUUUUUUUUUCUUGUCUUAGUUUACAUUUUUUUUUUAAAUAUAUUGGGUGUUAAGAAGGGAUUGCUUUGACCUUUUAUGUUUUGUAUUUAUAAAGUUAAUUGCUUUAUCUAUUAAUUUAUUUUAGUGAUGGUGAUUUUUUAUUUUUAUCAAUGUGACUCUAGAAUAAAAAAAAUUAAAAAAAAAGAUGAGCAUGAUCAGAUAUUGGAUACCCACUGAUGUAGAUAACACACAAUUUAUCUUCUUGUGAGAUUAUCAGUGUCAUUUUGUGAACUGUUUUGAAGUCUCUCUCUCUCUCUCUCUCUUUCUGUCUCUCUCUCUGUCUCUCUCUCUCUCUCUCUCACUCUCUGUCAAAUUGUAAAUUGAAAAUAAGAUUUCAUCGGACCAAUUUAAGAACUCCACCAGUAUCCUGUGCUGUAUUUAUGAAGGGAGCCAUGUGUAAAAAAAGUCCAUUUCUAAGCUAUUUUGUGUUUUAUCAGCCUGAUUAAUUUAUUUGUUGAACUGAAUUUACUCAUUCACUAUGUGAAUCCCAUUUCACCCUCUGUAGAAGCAAUAACAUGUUGACAAUCGAUGCACAGACGGGGUUUCAUUAGUCCUGGACAUUAUGCCAUCUUCGACCAGUGUGGUGACAGUGGAUCAUACUUUACGUGACUGUUUGACCUCUGAGGAAGGGUUGUUUUUUUUUUCUUUUUCUAGUUGCUGUCAUAUCAAAGCUGGUUGUUGUUUUGGUAAAUAAGUUUGGAAUUAAAUGCCUAUUCUGCCAUCAGAAA